CCAGGGCUUGGACCAUGCUUCUCAAGAAUAGCUGUCAGACUUAAGCAUUUAAUGACACCCACGUCGGUCAAAGUCCGGAGUCAGGAUCAAGUAUGGACCCGCACUGUCAACUCCAGAAUCCCUGGGGACCUGGUCAGAAUGCCCAUUCUCUGGCCCUAUCUCUGUCCUCCAUUGUCAGUCUCUUGGGAAGGGAGGGGGUGUCCCUAGUGGGUGACCCUGAGAUGAUUGGAAGCGGACAUCCAGUGGAUCUGGAGGCGCAGCGCAGGAGUGCGGGAGAUCUCCGGCUCCGGGAUCGUGGUCACGUGGGUUCUUUAGCUAACCACCCACUCCCUCUUCACCGUCUUUAAAAGGAAGACGAACUAACGCCGUUAGUCGUGGGUAAUCUUUGCAGUCUCUGCAGCUGCUGGUCUUUCUGAAACGAACUCCCAGGUCCCUGCCUCCUCCGAGGCUUCUAGAACCACCUCUUGAAACUUCCCGGGAGUAGAGGAGGUGGGGAGCCCGGCCCGGAGGAAGCUGCUUGUGCUGCGACUGGCAUCCUUGGCAUCCGCUCUGAGUAGAGUCUGGCAGCCACCGCAGGGCUGAGCGACAGCUAGUGAACUGCAAGUCCCGCGCGGGGACCGAGGAAAGCACGUGUCUGCACGUAGAGAAUGCAAAAAAGAGAAUGUUUACCUGCCAGGCUCACGGGGCAUAGCUCUAGAUGGCCUGGGACUAAAUCUGCAGAACAAGCUGGACUUCCACUUGCAGCUCUAACUCUUGUCUCUGCCGCUCCAGUGCUAGGAGUACAGCUAUUACACCUGCCCUUGAGUCUCUGAGAACACAAUGUCCGUCUGUACACCUUCCCACAAGGAGUCUUCUCAGCUGCUACCUGCUCAAGACAUGGAUAUCAAAAACUCACCAUCGAGCCUUAAUUCCCCUGCUUCCUACAACUGUAGCCAGUCCAUCCUGCCACUGGAGCAUGGCCCCAUCUAUAUCCCUUCCUCCUAUGUGGAGAACCGCCACGAAUACUCAGCAAUGGCAUUCUACAGUCCAGCUGUAGUAAAUUAUAGUGUUCCCAGCAGCACCAAUAGCCUGGAAGGCGGGCCUGUUCGACAGACCACAAGCCCAAAUGUGCUAUGGCCAGCUUCUGGACACCUCUCUCCUUUAGCGGCCCAUUGUCAGUCAUCGCUUCUGUAUGCAGAGCCUCAAAAGAGUCCUUGGUAUGAAGCAAGAUCACUAGAACACACCUUACCUGUGAACAGAGAGACACUGAAAAGGAAGCUUAGCGGGGGCAGUUAUGCCAGCACUGUUACGAGUCCGAACUCAAAGAGGGAUGCUCACUUCUGCGCGGUCUGCAGCGAUUAUGCAUCUGGGUAUCACUAUGGCGUCUGGUCGUGUGAAGGAUGUAAGGCCUUUUUUAAAAGAAGCAUUCAAGGACAUAAUGAUUACAUCUGCCCAGCCACCAAUCAGUGCACCAUAGACAAGAACCGGCGCAAAAGCUGCCAGGCCUGCCGCCUUCGCAAGUGCUACGAAGUAGGAAUGGUCAAGUGUGGGUCCAGGAGAGAGAGGUGUGGGUACCGGAUAGUACGAAGACAGAGAAGUUCCGGUGAGCAGGUGCACUGCCUGGGCAAAGCCAAGAGGAACAGUGGGCACGUGCCCCGGGUGAAGGAGCUACUGCUGAGCACCCUGAGCCCGGAGCAGCUGGUGCUCACCCUCCUGGAGGCAGAGCCGCCCAAUGUGCUAGUGAGCCGUCCCAGCAUGCCCUUCACCGAGGCCUCCAUGAUGAUGUCCCUCACUAAGCUGGCCGACAAGGAACUGGUGCACAUGAUUGGCUGGGCCAAGAAAAUCCCUGGCUUUGUGGAGCUCAGUCUGCUGGAUCAAGUCCGGCUCUUGGAAGGCUGCUGGAUGGAGGUGUUAAUGGUGGGGCUGAUGUGGCGCUCCAUCGACCACCCGGGGAAGCUCAUCUUUGCUCCAGACCUCGUUCUGGAUAGGUCCUCAGAAGACCCUCACUGGCACGUUGCCCAGACGAAGAGUGCUGCCCCAAGGGAUGAGGGGAAGUGCGUAGAAGGGAUUCUGGAAAUCUUUGACAUGCUCCUGGCGACGACAUCGAGGUUCCGUGAGUUGAAACUCCAGCACAAAGAGUAUCUGUGCGUGAAGGCCAUGAUCCUCCUCAACUCAAGCAUGUACCCCUUAGCUACGGCAAGCCAGGAGGCGGAGAGCAGCCGGAAGCUGACACAUCUGUUGAACGCAGUGACCGAUGCCCUUGUCUGGGUGAUUGCUAAGAGUGGCAUUUCCUCUCAGCAACAGUCGGUUCGCCUGGCCAACCUCCUGAUGCUUCUCUCUCACGUCAGACACAUCAGUAACAAGGGCAUGGAACACCUGCUCAGCAUGAAGUGCAAAAAUGUGGUCCCAGUGUAUGACCUGCUGCUGGAGAUGCUGAAUGCUCACACGCUUCGAGGGUACAAGUCCUCGGUCUCGGGGUCUGACUGCAGCUCAACAGAGGACAGUAAGAGCAAAGAGGGUCCCCAGAACCCGCAGUCUCAGUGAUGGCCGGGCCUGCAGCAGACAGUCUGCAGAGAUGGUCAAAGGUAGAACCGUGCCACCCUCACGGCUCCUCUUGGUCAUGUACCCUUCCCCCACAUUCCACUUCCCAGGGGUCUGGGUGGGUGGACUGCAGUGUUCUUGUACCAGGGGGUACCUUUGAAUGCAGAGUUCUAACUUUCGUAUAACCUUAGAAGGUUCUAGAUGUGGUCCUUUUCUCACUCUUCCAUCUCCUCUGCCCACUUGGAAAACAUCUUAAAGCUUCUGGGAUGAAUGGUGAAAGCCUGACUUGGAAGGGUUGGCAUUAGAUGGGAAGAGAGUGUGACCCUCAGUCACCCUUCCUAACGCUGGGACCCUUUAAUACAGUUUCUAAUGUUGUGCUGACCCCCAGCCAUAACAUUAUUUUCGUUGUUACUCCAUAACUGUAAUUUUGCUAUUGUUAUGAAUUAUAAUGUAAAUAUCUGGUAUGCGACCCCCAGAGGGGCCAUGACCUACAGGUUGAGAACCACUGUUCUGUAAGACAUGUACUGUAUAGAAUUAACUGUGUGGCUGUAAAAUCAGCCUUUGAAUGGUGUCUUCUGGACCACUUGAUUGACAAUCAACUUGUUUCACAUUCCUACCUCACAGGCUUGUGAGGACUGACAAUAUGUAACUAAUAACAUUGUAACAUGUACUUCUAGUGAGGACCAGAGGGAUAAUGGUUGAGCUCAGAUGUGAGCUCCUUUCUCCUCCCAGGUCCUCUUGCUAUCCCUGUGUAGAUUCGUCCUUCUUGGUUUACAUUUGUAGAGCCUGCUUAUUUGGCCUGUUGAGUGUGCACCUGUCAUGGAUUAAGAUUUAAAUCUCUUUAUACCUGGGUUUCCUUGAAGCUAUGUUGUUUUUUUUUCUCUCUCUCUCCCUUUUUCUCCCCACUUCUCGCGUGUGUGCAUAUAUGUGUGUGAAAGGCUCCAUAUUUGCAAGAAUGGAGUUUAUCCAUCGUGAGUCAUAGUGCACUGCUUCUUUUAGGCCUUGUGAAUGCACAGCAGAGGGGGUAGCAUCACCUACCCAUGAGAGGCAAGGAUGCUACAGGCUGUAGAUGCAUAUGAUGCAUAGCCUCUGGAAGGAAUACUCUUUUUUUCUCUCUCUGCUAUAUAGUGUGGAGUGGAUAAGCAAAGAACUUGAACACAUCUUUCUUUUUUUUUAAACUCCUUCAAAAAGAAAAAUAUUUAGUGGUAAUUGUGGCAAGAAGAAAA